UCUUCCACCACAAACUAAAUAGCCAAAAUUUCUCUUCUCUACUCUUUCUUUCCCUCACAUAGGAUAACAAUUAGAUUAUUCCCAAAAACCAUAACUGAUCAAACCCUACUCUCUCUUCGUUUGUUCAUCUUCACUCUCUCUUUCAUAGAAACACUUCAGAGAGAGCACAAUGGCGUUGGGGAAUAGGUCGCGCAGUAGCAGUAACAAGCGGUCGUCUUCUUCAAGCUCUUACACAUCAACCGUGAUGGUAAUGGGAUUCAUAGCACUGUGUGUGGUUGGUGUGUGGAUGAUGAAUUACUCCAGCGCUGGAGUUUCAACACAAACCACCACGGCUCGAACCAACACCGUCACUUCCACUGCCUCCUCGGAUGAAAACAAUACACAAGCCGCUGAGAAUAACAAUAAUAACAAUGAGAAACCCAAGGCAUUUGAAGACAAUCCCGGUGAUCUUCCGGACGAUGCCAUAAAAAAUGAUGAUGGGCCUAACAAAUCGGAUGCUGCUGCUAUCAACGAGGGAAAGACGUCCAGAGAAAAACAAGAGCAAGAUGCAGCUGAAGAACAGAAAGAGGAUCAGAAGCAGCAAGAGCUUAACCAAGCACAGUUAUCUGAGGAAACCACUAUACCUGAAAACCAACAAGCUGAACAAACCGCCACACAAGAGAAGAUCAUCACUGCUGAUGAUCAACCUGACGAGAAAAACCACCAACAAAAAAACAAUAACGGCGGCCAGAGCGGUGGAAAUGAUCAAAUAGACGUAGAAAGCAAACCUCAAGAGCAACCUGCAGAAACAAAUUCCGAUAAUAGCAAGCAAAAUAAUAAUGCUCAAGCUUUUCAGGACAAAAAACCGGGGAAUGCAGAUCAAACUCAGAUGCAACAACAACAACAACAGCAGCAGCAGCAACCACAAAAGCACCAGCACCAACAACAACAACAAGAAGAGCAGUCGCUAGGUGUUGAAAGAAAUGAAAAUUCACAGGAGUCCCAGAAUAAUAUUCAAGGCUCGUCAAAUCAACAACAACAGCAGCAGCAGCAGGAGAAUCAGCAUCAACAACAUAGUCAGGAACAAGAGCAUCAUGACCAACAAAAACCGCAACAAUACACCGACGAGACAAACCAUGUCACAACGCUACCAACUAUACCUGACCAGAAUCAACAAAAGAAAAACCAAGGAGAACAACAACAACAACAACAACAGCAACAAGAAGAAUCUUACCCUCAGCGAAAGAAAGGUAAUGCAGCAGCUGAUCAAAACAAUAAGGGCACCGAGUCCAACUCGGGCGAAACGCUACUCAACGGCGGGGACAGCUCGGGCAUUCCGAAAGAGUCAAAGGAGUCGAAGAAGUCGUGGAGGACUCAAGCGGAUCAGUCGGAGAACGAGAAGGAGAGGCGCAAGGACGAAAAGGAGGGUCAAGAUAGCAUCUACGGGUACACGUGGCAGCUUUGCAAUGUGACUACAGGUCCUGAUUAUAUACCUUGUUUGGACAAUGAGAAGGCUAUAAAGAAGCUGCGUUCUACCAAACACUUCCAGCAUCGAGAGAGGCAUUGUCCGCAGGAGGGUCCCACUUGCCUGGUUCCACAUCCGGAGGGUUACAAGACGUCUAUCCAGUGGCCGAAAAGCAGAGACAAGAUAUGGUAUCACAAUGUACCGCACACAUUGCUGGCGGAGGUGAAGGGACACCAGAACUGGGUUAAGGUGUCCGGUGAGUUUUUGACUUUUCCUGGUGGUGGGACCCAAUUCAUACAUGGCGCUCUCCUCUACAUUGAUUUCCUUCAAAACGCAGUACCGAAUCUCGCAUGGGGAAAGCACACUCGAGUUAUACUGGACGUUGGGUGUGGUGUUGCGAGCUUUGGGGGUUAUCUCUUUGACAGAGAUGUUCUUACAAUGUCUUUUGCACCCAAAGAUGAGCAUGAAGCUCAAGUUCAGUUUGCCCUGGAAAGGGGUAUUCCAGCCAUUUCAGCAGUCAUGGGUACUCAGAGGCUGCCCUUCCCCAGCAGGGUCUUUGAUGCCGUCCACUGUGCACGUUGCAGAGUGCCUUGGCACCUCGAAGGGGGAAUGCUUCUUUUGGAGUUGAAUCGUGUUUUAAGGCCUGGGGGUUACUUCAUUUGGUCAGCCACUCCUGUUUAUGGGAAGCUUGACGAAGAUAAAAAAAUAUGGAAAGAAAUGACUGCCUUAACAAAGUCUAUGUGUUGGGACCUUAUUACGAUCAAGAACAACAAAGUAAAUUUAGUUGCGGCUGCCAUCUACCGCAAGCCAACCUCGAACCAAUGCUACGAACAAAGAAAGCAAAAGCAACCUCCUAUGUGCAAAACCGAUGAUGAUCCCAAUGCUGCCUGGUAUGUACCUCUGCAGGCAUGUAUGCACAGGGUUCCUGUUGACAAAUCUGAGAGAGGGACUCAAUGGCCAGAGAACUGGCCUAAUCGACUGGAAACUCCUCCUUACUGGUUAAACAGCUCCCGGAUGGGUAUUUAUGGAAAACCAGCACCCCAAGAUUUUGCAAGAGAUUAUGAACACUGGAAACGUGUGAUCAACAACAGUUACAUGAAAAGUUUGGGUAUCAAUUGGUCCGGAGUCAGAAAUGUCAUGGAUAUGAGAGCGGUUUAUGGAGGGUUUGCCGCCGCUCUCAAGGAUCUUAAGGUCUGGGUGAUGAAUGUGGUGAAUGUAGAUUCUGCAGAUACUCUCCCCAUCAUCUAUGAACGUGGUCUUUUUGGAAUUUAUCAUGAUUGGUGUGAAUCUUUUAGCACCUACCCAAGAACCUAUGACCUCCUCCAUGCAGAUCAUCUCUUUUCUUCGCUCAAAAAGAGGUGCAGACUUCCUCCGGUAAUGGCAGAAAUUGAUCGGAUUGUCAGGCCGGGAGGCAAAUUGAUCGUCCGCGAUGAAUCCAACGCAAUUGGGGAGGUUGAGAACUUGUUGAAGUCCCUGCACUGGGAGGUUCACUUAACCUUCUCCAAAAACCAAGAAGGGAUGCUUAGUGCACAGAAAGGCAAUUGGCGGCCAACCACAUCGGCAGAUACUUCUUAACCUCAAUUUACAAGAGAAAGAGAGCUCGGCUCUUAUAUAUAUGUUGUUACGAUCCUUAAAAGUUUUGUAGGCCAUAACUGGUGAAGUUACAUCUAUUUUCUAGCACUGUGUUAAUUGUGUUCACAAUCUUGUUUUGCUAAACAACUGAAUUGAACAUGAUAGGUGAAUUGAACAUGAUAGGUGUAAUAUUUGUUCAU